AUGGGUACUCGAGGACUUAUCGGCUUCAUCAUUUCGGGCAGACGUAAAGGAUGCUAUGUCCAGUUUGAUUCAUACCCGGAGGGAAUGGGAGUUGGUAUUGUCAAAUUCAUCCUCGGUCUCACUCCUGAACAAAGAGAAACCAUGAUCAGACGACUUGAAGAGAUCAUUUGGGUCGAAUCUGGAUCCGAUGCACCGAAGGAGAUCGUCGAAAAAUACAGAUCACUGGAUUUCCACCUAUCACCAUUCGAAAAACAUAUCAAGGCGACCAACCCAGAACACUUUCGACUGUCUCAAGAAUAUCAAUUUGAAGAACAACCCAAUGGGUACUAUGCCAUCUGCAGAGGGAUUCAAGGUGCAUACUGUCUACCAUACAUCUUAGAUGGGUCCCUCAGACACCUCAUCGAUAGUACCGAACUCGUGGAAGAUGGUACGUUCUGCGAAUGGGCUUAUUGGGUAGACUUUGAGAAGCAGGUAUUCAUAAUGGAUGAUGGGAAAGAAAGGAAAUGGAACUUUGAUCGGUUGGAUUCGGGAUUCUGGGGUAAAUUGGUAGAUGACAACGUACAGCAAGAAAGAGGAUUUGAACGAAGAAGGAAACAGAGAGAAAUGGCAGAAGCGAAUAGUACACAGCAACAAGGAUGCGAAGACAAGGAGCAAAGUAAAGGAGCUGACGAGAGUGAAGAAUCGAAUCGCAGAUCCGCAGGGUGA